AUGAAUUUUUUAGAGAAAGAAAGUGCUUUAUUUCUAGAAGAAUUUGGAAAAUCAGAAUUAUUUCCAACAAAUAUAGCUCUUUCUUCAGAACGAAUAUUUUAUGAUGUAGAAAAUACAAUGAAUUCCAGUGUUGAACAGUGUGAUUUAAGUAUUUCAAAAAAAAACAAAAGAAAUUCUAAAAAAAGACGUAAAAAAGCUGGUCAGUUUUUACCAGACAAAAGAGACUCUUUGAGUGCUCAAGAGCUUUCUCGGCUUCGUGUAUUAAAAAGAUUUGAAAAAACAAUGGAUCCGGCGCAUUUGAAGUGUUUAUCUAAGCUUUUACUUAGUCAUAUGGAUGUAUCAAAAGUCAAUGCUUUCUUAUUUGACAAUAAAACUGAAAAAUAUCCAAGAAAAUCGUUUUCUGCGCAAAAAGAAUUGAUAGAAUAUGAGAAUACUCUUGAUGCACAAGAUGUAGAGAAGAAAAAAGACAAUGUUGACAAAGCACUGCGAUUGAUGGACUAUUCUAGCUCAGAAAAUAGCCAUAAAAUUCGUCAAAUGGAUCUUGUUUUAGGAUUAAUUAAAGAGAACACUGAAAGUAAAAAAGAUGUUAUGGACCGUGUUUUAGGAAUUUUUAAAGUUUUAACGGUGAAUUUAAAAUCUUCUGUUCCUUUUUUUUCUUGUUUUUUGAAGUUUAAACGUGAUUCUGUGGUUAAACAUAAAUCAACAUCUCUCGUUCUUCCACCACUUGUUCCUGUUUCACUCUAUGGCUAUAAUAAAGAGAAGUGGACUGUAAACUUGACAGAUGAGCUUGUAGAAAGCAUACGGGGAUUUUUACCACCUCGGCUUCAGCUGCAAGAUAAAUGGAAAUUAGUUUAUUCUUUAGAUUACCAUGGUGCAAGUUUGCUUACACUAUAUUCAAAAUCUUUUCAAAAUAGAGGAGUUUUUGGUUCUAGGCCUGGUUUUUUGUUAGUUGUUAAAGAUAGUGAUAAUCAUAUCUUUGGUGCGUUUAUUAAUGAGUAUCUUCAUUUAAGUACAUCUUAUUACGGUUCUAUGGAAUGUUUUGUUUGGAAGAUGGUUUUAAAUAGUUCAGCUGAAGAUUCGAAUAAGCAUUAUUCCCAGCUGAAGGUAUUUAUGUCAACAGGGAUCAAUAAUUAUAUGAUUUUAUGUGAUAAUUCGUUUUUGUCAAUUGGUGGAGGUGAUGGAAAGUAUGGAUUAUGGCUAGACAGUCGACUUGAAAAAGGGAUUUCGACUUCAACACAAACUUUUAAUAAUGAAGCUCUUAGUGACAGUGUAAAAUCUGGUGAGCGGUUUGACAUAAUAGGAGUGGAAAUAUGGAAAAUAUAA